AGCUCACAGUUCAACAUUCCCCCGAGUGCCCUGUCCGUGGCCCGGCCUGCGGGGGUCUGCUCCAUGAUGAAACUGCCCGUGCAGGCAUCGGCGGGGGGGCUAAAAAAACCUCUGGACAUUGGCACGUCCAACCGACCGGGAGCCAGGUUUGGCCCGCGCCAGAUCCGCGCCGAGUCGGUGAUGGUGAGGAGGUACAACGGCAGCACCGCGGCUGCGCCUUUCGACUCCCUGCGGGGCGCUGACAUCGGGGACGUCAAUGUCAACCUCUACAACCUGCCUGACAGCUGCCGCCUCAUCCGAGAGUCCUUCCAGAAGAUCGUGGCAUCUGGCUGCGUGCCCCUCACCUUGGGCGGAGAUCACACCAUAACGUACCCCAUCCUGCAGGCCCUGGCGGAAAAGCACGGUCCCGUGGGGCUGGUGCACGUGGACGCUCACAGCGACACCGCAGACACAACCCUGGGGGAGAGGAUCAGCCACGGGACCCCAUUCCGGCGCUGCAUGGAGGAAGGGCUGCUGGACCGCGGCCGUGUCAUCCAGAUUGGCAUCCGAGGCUCCUCCUAUGACCCGGAUCCCAACAAGUACGGCCGGGACCAGGGUUUCCGUGUGGUUCCGGCAGAAGAGUGCUGGUGGAAAUCGCUGGUGCCGCUGAUGGAGGAGGUGAGGAAGCAGAUGGGGGACAGGCCGGUGUACAUCAGUUUCGAUAUCGAUGGAGUAGACCCCGCGUACGCCCCGGGCACUGGCACGCCAGAGAUAGCUGGGCUCACACCUGCGCAGGCUUUGGAGAUUAUUCGUGGCUGCAAAGGACUGAACAUAGUGGGCUGUGACCUUGUGGAAGUUGCACCCAUGUACGAUGUCUCUGGCAACACAGCUCUUCUGGGGGCAAACCUGCUGUUUGAGAUGCUCUGCGUUCUGCCUGGAGUGAAGACAAUGUGA